AUGGACGGUGUCUGGGGCCAGCCAAGCGCGGUAGAUGAGGAGGCAUGGUCUGCUGCCCCGCCUAGCUUUAACCCGCCUGUGCGGCGUGUAGACCCUCUUACCCUCACUGCUGUAGAAGUGGAGAUUGACGGAAUCAAAAAGUUGGUGGGACAGCGGGUGCAGGUCUCAGGGCUCUCCGACGACACUACCUGGCAUACGCUGAAGGACCAUUUGCGCCAGGCGGGUGAGGUGACGUUCUGCAAGGUGUUUUCGGGUGGGAGGGCGGUGGUAGAGUUUGUUACUCCAGAUGAUGCUGCCCGUGCCAUUACAGAGCUACAAGCGUCGGAGUUAGAAGGGGCGACACUCUUCCUUCGAGAGGAUAGGGAAGAUACCGUUCUGGUGAACACGCGGAAAAAAAUACGGGAGGCUCGAGAUGCUCAGCUUCGUGCACGCAAAGAAGAAGCAGAGCAGCGACGACGAGAACAGGCGUUAGCAGAGGGCGAUGCGCCUUCAGUUGGGCUUGCUGCGAAAGCAAAUGCAAAGGUAGACCCAGCGACUACUGCAAACCAGCAGGCUUAG